AAUUUCUCACAUACAAAACAGACUCAACCUUCCCAUUUAUUCAAUGUUGAUAUUUCAAAGCCAGCGCUCCCUCUCUCUUCUUCCAUUCUACUCCAACGCCGUAGAGAAUUGGGUGGCAACGAGUUUAUGGGACAAACAAAUUUCAAUAAAAGCAAUUAGCUAGGUUGAAACCGGAAUUAGAAAGCUUGUUGUUUAAUUUGAAAGGUGGUAUAGAUUCAUAAAAAAUGGCGACGGGAUCUCCAAAAACGGAAUCUCCAAUGCGUCAGGAUCUUCAGCAGGAGAAUUCAUCAUCAUCACCGGGGGUGGGGCACACAGAUAGCCCGACACACACGGUGAUGGAGAAUUUGUUGGGUUUGCUUCGGAUUCGAAUCAAGCGAGGCCUUAAUCUUGCCGUGCGCGAUGUCCGAAGCAGCGAUCCUUACGUUGUUGUCAGGAUGGGCAGCCAGAGGAUGAAGACUCGAGUUAUCAGAAAGGAUAUAAAUCCGGAAUGGAAUGAGGACUUGACGCUUUCUGUCACAGAUCCUGAGCAGCCAGUUUUUCUUGAGGUAUACGACCACGAUACGUUCAGCAUGGACGACUCGAUGGGAGAUGCAGAGUUCGACAUACGACCGUUUGUGGAAGCGCUGAAGAUACAUCCGACGGGGUUACCAAACGGGACGAGAAUCAAGACAAUACAGCCUUGCAGGAGCAACUGCUUGGUGGAAGAGAGCAGUGUUGUUUGGAGGGAUGGGAAGAUAAUGCAGGACAUGUGCCUCAGACUUAAAAAUGUUGAAUGUGGUGAGCUUCAAGUUCAGCUCCAAUGGAUUGAUCUUCCUGGCUCCAAAGGUUUGUAGGCUUCUUCUCAAAUGAGAUGAGAUGAGAUGUUCAUCAAGAAAUGAGUGGUCUAACUACCAUUGGAUUAUGAUUUUUUGUAUGAGGUGUAUGUACCUUUAUUUCAUGCAUUGUGAUUGGAAUAUUUUUUACGUGUUCACUUUGGAGAUGUAACAUUUUGAAUUUUGAUUUCUGAAAAAUAAUAUUUUUAAAAUAUGUU